CAACAUGUUGCUUUCUUCUGAUCUGUUGCUUAUUUCAGACAAAAGGGUAGAAAGGAUUCAACAUGUCCACAGUCCUUUUCAUAUGAAAAUCUUACUGACUUGAGCUUUCCUUUCUGUCCGCACAACCUGACUGUGGAAUAAUGCUCAUGUUUGGUUGUGAUGCUAAACCAUUUCCAAAAAUUCAACUGCUUCCUGGAGGACAUUGGUCCUAUGCUUUAGGAAAGCCAUAUAAUUAUAUAGUUUUGCUUGUUGAUCCGAUGCUUCAAAUAGCAUUGAGGCAACACAAUUGCCAGGCUUUUAGCCAAAAUAUCUCCGAUCCUGUAGCCUCUCCUUCUAUUUCUGUCAAAAUCCUGAAUUUUCACAACUUCUUCAAAUGCAGUAUCACCAGCAACAAUACCCCUAAUAGUACCCAGAAGAAGAAUGAUCAUUUUGCUGGUUAUAAAAUGUACAAUGGCUGUAAAGUCUUUAACAUAUACUACAAGCUUCUCAAAGAUGAUAGCGUUGAAGACAUUCGAGCAGGCAAUCUUACAGCUAACUGUUCCCUUAUCAGGUUGCCAAUUAACCCAAGAUCAGAUGGUGGUGGUUUGUUCAAUAUGUUAAGUCCCGUUUUUCUAAUUGAAUGGAAAUUGUCUGAUGACAGUUACCAAUGUCGCUAUGGUGGAGGAGGUCAAAGCCAGACUGAUAAACCCAACAAAUUUCUUUGUCACAAAGAUUUCUUGGCUCCACCACCGGUUGCAGCUGUAAGAAAUCUACUACCAGGAACAUCAAAAAUAGGCCAUCUUCGGACAGCCUGGUUCAUGGUGGCGACAGGUACAGUUUUCUCUAGUGUUGGAUUAUUGAUUUUGCUCUUCUGCUUCAGAAAAAAGGUUUUAUGGCACAAGUACCUCAUAUUUUGGGAAUCUAAAGCUGAGGAUCACCGGAAUAUUGAAGCAUUUCUUAAGAACAAUGAGUCAUGUGCUCCAAAAAGAUUCAGCUAUUCAGAAGUCAAAAGAAUCACCAGUUGCUUAAAAUGAUUCCACGAAUCACCAGAGAUUUCUGAUUUUGGCCUUGCCAAAAUUUGCAUGAAAAAGGAGUGCUGUGUCAAUGUUAGGUCCACGAGGGACUAUCGGUUAUAUGGCUCCAGAAAUUGUUUGCAGAAACUUGGGAGGAAUCUCUCAUAAGUCUGACGUCUAUAGCCACGGAAUGGUGGUCCUAGAGAUGGUUGGAGGAAGAAAAAAUGUUGAUAACGGAGUUGAUUGCACAAGUGAAAUCUACUUUCCACAUUGGCUCUAGAAACAUAUUGAACUGGACGAAGAGCUUCAACUAAUCGGAAUAAUGAAUGAAGAGGAGAAAGACUUGCAAGAAAGAUGGUGAUGGUGAGCUUAUGGUGCAUACAGACUGAUCCCUCAAAGCAACCAUCCAUGAGCAAGGUUGUGGAAAUGUUAGAAGCAAACCUAGACUCCGUGCAAAUUUCUCCCAAGCCUUACCUAUAUUUUCCCUCAAGAUCAGAGGUAGAUUCAUCAGCAGAACUGGCCCAGUCUUUAUUUGUUGAUCUGUCAAAUGUUAUUUCUGUAGUCUUAUUUUGUUGUGUACUUUUAGCCAAAAGCUGGUAUGAUUGCCUCUGUUUUUCUUCGACUACUGAAUUUAUUACUCCCUCUGUACCAUUUUAUAAGACACACUUUCUUAUUUA